UGAAAAAUUAAAUUGUCUCAAUGCAUCAUGUAAUUUAAAACGAAGUAAAUUGUGAUUUUAACAAAAAAAAAAAAUUUCAGAAAUUGGUAAUGUUGACAAAAAAAAAAAAAGUUUGAAACCUUCCUCAAGUUGUAAUUUUAAUCUGUUGCAUUUCUCGGAAUCAAAAACAUAAAAGUGAUCAGUUCCCAAAAAACUACCACGUUGAAGCCAAUGACUAAAUGAAGUAAAGAGCAAAGCCAGCUACGAACUCCACUGCUUAGAAUUAUUUUAUGUUACCUCGGAGAUCCAUAGCACGUGAUGCCAACGUCUCUUUGCUGAAUGAACAAACCCUCGUGAAUAGUGAAUACCUUGCAAGCAUUAUUGCAAUAUUGCUCUCUCUUCCUUACAUCCUCAAAUUCCAAUCACGUACGCACUGAUUUAUUUGCUGUUGUUGUGAUCUGUAUCAUAUCAUGGCUGAAACACUUGUUGUUGGAGCUUUAGUUUCUGGCUUCGCCAACGUUGUUCUUGAGAGGCUCAUUUCACGUGAGUUUGUCAACUUGGUGGUGGGCAAGAAGCUGGAUCGGAAGUUGGUUGAGAGGCUGAGGACUGCUAUCUUGGCUGCCAAAGCUCUGGUUGCUGACGCUGAGCAGAAGCAGUUUGGAAACGAACUCGUGAGGGAAUGGCUUGAUAGUCUCAAAGAUGCUCUCUACACUGCUGAUGACUUGCUGGACCGUGUCUUCAUCAAAGCUCAAAUUCGCAACAAGGUACGCAUUCGUCUUCCUCACUUCCUUGAUUUGCCUCAUAGGAAGUCUAAUAGGGAGAUGAUGACUAAGAUAGAAGAGGUGGUUGAAAGAAUAGUAGAUCUUGAGACUCGCAAAGAUACCCUUGGUCUCAAAGACAUUCCAACGGGUAGCUCCUCAUGGAGACCUCCAACCACUUCUCUUGUGAAGGGGAAUGUGUUCGGCAGGGAUGGUGACCAACAGGCACUAAUCAAGAUGCUCAAUGACAACAAUCAUCAUAACUUGUCUGUCAUCUCUAUUGUUGGUAUGGGCGGUGUUGGUAAAACUACUUUGGCGCAAUGGCUCUACAACAAUAAGGAUUUGAUGGACGGGGUUGAUCUGAAAGCAUGGAUUUGUGUUUCUGAAAAUUUUGAUGUUGUUGAGACUACAAAGAAUGUUAUAAAAGGAAUCUCUUCAGGUGUUUGUAGUCUUGACGGCUUUGAUUUACUUCAACAAGAUUUGAAGGAAAAACUGUCAGAAAAGAAGUUCUUCAUUGUUUUGGACGAUGUUUGGAGUGAAGAUGUUGACAGGUGGAAUAGUUUUAUCACCCCUUUUCAACAUGGGAGAAAGGGAAGCACUAUUCUUCUAACUACCCGCAUGGUAAAUGUUGGUCGAAUAGUCCAACACUAUAACUCUUACACCCUCAAUCAACUGUCAGAUGAUUUUUGUUGGUCUAUUUUUGCGGAGAAUGCAUCCUUUCCUGAAUCAAAUGGGAGCUCAGAACUGGAAGGAAUAGGCAGAAAGAUUGUCGAGAGGUGUGAUGGCUUGCCGUUAGCUGCAGAAACACUUGGACGCUUGUUGCGCUCAGCGCGUCGUGUUGAAGAAUGGAAUAAAAUACUAUCGAGUGACAUUUGGGAAUUUUCUGUGGCAAAUUGCAAGAUUGUUCCUGCAUUGUUAUUAAGUUACCAUCAUCUACCCACUCAUUUAAAACGUUGCUUUGUUUAUUGUUCAUUGUAUCCCAAAGAUUAUAAACUUGAUAAAGAUGAAUUAAUAUUGCUGUGGAUGGCUGAAGAUCUUUUACAACCACCAAGGAGGGGACGGACUGUAGAACAAGUUGGUUGCGAGUGUUUUGAUGUGUUGGUUUCAAGACUAUUCUUCAAGCAAGUUGAGAAUAAUGAUGAGAAAUAUUUUGUGAUGCAUGAUCUCAUGCAUGACUUGGCAACUUUUCUUGCUGGAGAUCUUUAUUGUAGAUUCUCAGAACUUGGUGAAAUGGAAGAGAUGAGUAUUCUAACUCGCCAUUUGUCAUACGAUCAUUCAAUCUCUGAGAAAACAUGCUCCUCUAAUAAAAUAGAAUCUUUGAGGACAUUAUUGUAUAUCAAUCAUGGUCAUGGAGUUCGUUUCUGGAAACCACACACAAUGUUACCAUGUGAUUUAUUGUCAAAGAAUAAAUACUUGAGAGUUUUGUCCUUUAGUAGACUCGAUAUAUUUCCUGAUUCAAUAGAUAAAUUGAUCCACCUGCGCUAUUUGGAUCUCUCUACAAAUGUUGUUCAGACAUUGCCCGAGUCAAUAUGCAAUUUGUGUAAUUUACAAACAUUAAAGUUAAAAGAUUGUUCAAGGCUGACUAUGCUGCCCAAUGGCAUGUAUAAGCUUGUGAAUUUGCGGCAUCUUGAUAUAAGAGGUACUCCUCUGAAAGAAAUGCCAAAAGGAAUGGACAAAUUAAAACAGUUGCAAACUUUAAGCAAGUUUGUGGUGGGAAAGCAAGAAGACAAUAGAAUCGAAGAGUUAGGAGGGCUUUUAAAUCUUCAUGGAUCACUUGUGAUUCACAAAUUGCAAAAUGUGGUUGAUGCCAAUCAGGCAAGAAGUGCAAGGAUAAUAGAUAAGAAGCACAUUGACGAGUUAUAUUUGGAAUGGUCUUCAAAUAAUUAUAUGGUUUCAGAUGCACAAAAUGAAAGAGAUAUACUCCACAGCUUGCAACCAUACACUGACUUGAAAGAGUUGAUAAUAUGGGGUUACAAGGGUACAAUGUUUCCAGAUUGGUUGGGGCAUUGUUCCUACAACAAUAUAACAAGUGUAUCUCUAUGCUAUUGUAAGAAUUGCUGCAUGUUGCCUUCACUUGGACAGCUGCCAUCCCUGAAGUCCCUCCACGUUGAAAGUUUUGAUGAGCUGAAGAGCAUUGGCAAGGAGUUUUACAAGAAUGGAGGCCAUCAACAUUCUUCGCCUAUUGCACCGUUUCCCUCACUGGAGUCAUUGGAAUUUGAUAAGAUGUCAUGUUGGGAGGAGUGGCACUUACCUGACUCAGAAGCCUUUCCUCAGCUUAAGAGCCUUCAAAUAAGAGAGUGUCCAAUGUUAAAGGGAGAUAUGGUUAAUCAGGUAUUAGUGAGAAUCGUUUCUUCCUCAUCGGAUGUUUCCAAAGUGCGCCAACUGAAAAUACAAGAACAGCGUCAAUCAUGGGGGAAUAAAGAGAUGACACUCGAUGGGGAUAGGUUAUCAAUGAGUGGAUUUGAAGGUGUGGUGGAGUGUGCAUUUAAGGCAAGGAUCAUCCACCAUCUAACUUACCUCCAAGAAAUACGCAUCUCAUGGUGUUCAUCUGUUGUAUCCUUGGGGGACAAUUGUUUACCCAAAUCUUUGCUAAAGCUCCAAAUGUAUAGGUGUGGCCAAAUUGAAUUACUCCAGAAACAACAGAAAUAUGAUUUGGUAGAUCUACAAAUACUUGAAAGUUGUGAUUCACUGACCUCAUUAUCGCUGGAUGCCUUUCCCAAUCUCAAGGUUAUCAGCAUAACCAGGUGUUCAAAUCUGGAAUCAGUUUCAAUGUCAGAGCCACCACACGCUACUCUUCAAAGUCUCACCAUCUAUGAAUGCCCUGAAUUUGUGUCAUUUGCAGGAGAAGGACUGGAUGCACCCAACUUGACUCAUCUCGGCGUCACAAAAUGCCACAGGUUGGAGGCAUUGCCACGUGACAUGAAUAGUCUUCUCCCAAAUUUACACUCUCUGGACAUACGAGGUUGCCCAAACAUUUGUAGGUGGCCAGAGGGUGGUUUGCCGGCUAACCUGAAAGAGCUUAGUGUAGGAGAUUGCGAGGAACAAGUGAGGGGUCUAUCAUGGUUGGGCAACUUGGACAACCUCACUUAUCUCAUGAUUGUUGGUGAUGGCAGUGAGAGCAUAAUAGAGUCAUACCCAGAGGUGGGUUCGCUGCCUCGCCUUCCCUCCCUUUCCACUCUACAUAUCAAACGGUUUGAUAAUCUGGAGACAUUGGAGUGCAACGAGCUUCUCCGCCUCACCUCCCUCCAACAAUAUGUAGUUAAUGCAUUCCUUUGAAUGGAAAGCAUAUUCUUUGAAUCUUUAUGAACCUGAAGAAUAUUGCAGGAGAAAAGCUGCCUCCCUCUCUCUUACUACUCAAAAUUUAUAACUGUGGUUUGCUGGGUGAACACUGCAUGAACAAGCAUCAACAAAUUUGGUCCAAAAUUUCCCACAUCCCCACCAUUAUAGUCAAUGGCGAGCAAAUUUGUAGCUUGUGCACAUAUCGAGAUGUAAUGCAAUACAUUGGCUAUACAUCAUUUAAUUCUAAGUUCAUUUAAGGUGGUAAUUAAGCUGGAUUGAUGUAUUGGGAAACAGAAACUGUGCUUUUUCUGAUUUUGGCUUCAAGUUAUUGAAAAGCAAAGACACGAUGGAGAAAGUUGGUGGCACUCAUUAUUGAAAAACUUUGGUUGAUGUUGAUUUCCCAAGGUGACCAAGGUAUGUAGUUAAUGCAGUCAAGAUUCAAAGAAUAUGCUUUCCAUAUUUGAAGAUGACAAUCAUUUCCCUGAAGUAGUAAAAGAAGUUGCAUUGAUGCCAUCAGCGACAAUGUCGUUCCUAUCAACUUCACUUAAUGGUGUGUGCAGUUCUGAAGUACGUAUUGAGGUUUGGUAACCAUAUCUAAAUUAUCUUCAUUCAAUCCAAAGUUCAUCAAAAGUGGUGCUCUGUUAUUUUAGCUUUCAGGUUGGUAUAGUUACUCUUUUCCUCUGUACAAUUUACUUCUAUUUUGGUUGGAGUAAGAAAACAAGAUGAUAAUAGCUUGGUUUGAGAAGGAAUUGUAUGUAGUUCAGGGAAGGUGGUGUUUCUACCUUUCUUAUUUUUUAAUGUAUAUGCUAAACUAAAUGUACAUUAAAUAAUUAAAUAUCAACUUAUUUUGGUUCUUUAAGUGCUGCCAAAGCUGUUACAAUGCCAAAACCUGAAAUCAGUGGUGGAGCUUGUAAAUUUAAAUAAAAAGAUGUAGCAUUUCUAAUGCAUUCAAGUUUAUUACAUGAAUUUAUAAAGACAUCUGUAAAAUGUCAUUAUUCAUUAAUAAAAUCUGUUAUCAAAGCCAAAUCAAUGCGUUCGGUUUUUGAGUUCCUCUUCUUUCGAGAUCUCAACCUUCACCCAGCCUGAUGAUUCCUCAGAAGAUUGAACCUCUUCCUGCUCUUCCAUCUGCUGUUUGGGCUCCGGUUGAGUGUCUUUUGCAGCAACACUACAUUCCUCUUCUACAGCGGGUGGAACUGCUUCAGCCUUAACAUGCUUCACAAGUUCGGACUCUAUUGUUCCUUCUUGAUCAAGAAACCCCACCGGAAGCUCCAUUAUACGUUAUCACGCUUCACAGAUUUGGACUCUAUUGUUUCUUCUUCAUCAAGCAAUCCAAUUGGAAGCUCCAUAAUAGGUUCUACUUCCUCCUCUUCAUGAUCUGGUUCAUGCUUUAAAAUUUCUGUUCCACCAUCCAUGUUGAAUUCAGACGCUGCAAUAUCCUCAUCAAGUGGUGCUUCAUUUGGUGCCACAUUAGGUUCUGCUGCCACGUUCAAUGCCGGAUCAAGUGGUGACUGAAACAAAAAAAAUAACGAAACAGAUACAUACUUUUUAUGCAACAUUUUAUUACCAAAUCAAGGUAUAUUGAAAAGAAAUUGCUGAUUUGAUAUUAAGUAAACAGCAUCAGUAACACAUACCUGAAUAGUUUCCAACUUCAGCAAGAGCCUCAUUAUAUUCUCUCCAAGUGCGAUCCUCUGCUUCUCAUCAUUUUGUAGAUCAGAAGAGUGCUCAAACGCUUGAAUAGAAGUUUUGACAUUAGUCAACUCCUUACUUACUUCGGCUAUCUGCUUCAGUUUCUCCAAUGGCUCUGAUCUCCUCACUUGGUAACUGCGAUACACAGCUUGAAUUAAAAUGGCAGCAUCAACAUCUGAUAAAGCCUUUCUCUCCUAUCUGCCUUCGCCAGUUGGUUUGCUCGAGUUCUUUGCUUCAUUCGGCUUACUAGCCUCUUCCAUCAUCUUCUCUGCUCCAUUUUGUGCCUUCUUUUCUUCAGUAUUUCCACCUGAACAAUUCUCAUCUGCACCCUUGUCUCCAUCGGUCUUAUUUUCAGUCACCUGAAUGGUUUACUCUUUUGGUUGAACUUCCUUGCUGGCAUUAGCUCCAAAUCUACAUCAUUCCUAAUCAGUGCUGUCACAACCUUGUUGAUUCUUCCUGGUAUAGCUUUAAGCAUGAGGCUCAUAGAUAUCUCAGGAAGAAGGCAACUACUACUCGCCGCGAUUCCUGUGUUGAUAGUCUCGCAUAUGCUUUUGUUUCUGCUGCUUUAAGAUGGCCUAUGGACCAAUUCCAAACUUACUCUGCUCUGAGAUUUUUCCAACAAGGGUGUGCGGCCUCUGCAUAGUUAUAUGCGCUCUAGUGUUAUGGAUUGGAAGCAUAAUUGUCACAUGCACACUGCCUGUGAUGCUCAGCUCAAUCGGACUCGCCGGUUUCUUUGGCAUAUAUGCUGUUGCUUGUUCCAACUCCUGGAUAUUUGUGUUCCUGAAGGUUCCAUAAACAAAGGGCAUGCUUCUGCCAAGAAUCUGUGACAAAAUAUUGAUCUCAUUCUCAUGAGUUUAGCAUGUAUGCAUGCAUGUCAGUUAGUCAGUUAGAGAAAGAUAUCUUGGUUGCAGUUCAAUUUCAAACGUAUAUGUACCAUCCUUCUUAAGAUGGAAUGCAAGUUUUUUUUUUUUUCCAAAGUUAGGAGAGACUCGAACUCCCGAGACCUCUAAGUAAGGAUGGAGAGAUUAUGCCAUUUGAGCUAUAGCUCGUUGGCAAGGUGGAAUGCAAGUUUAUGAUUACUUGAUUAGCUUGAUUUAUAUGCACUUCAUCACAAAAUGAUGUCUCCGUCUUUUUCACUAAUUAAAGAAACCAAUAAUGCAGCAUUGACUAAUAUAUGUUUAAAAUUAAAUAAAAAAAAUAUCAUUAUAAAAAUUUGAUAGGAAUAAUGAAAGAAAAAAUGAAAAAAAUAAAUUGUCUCUUAUUAGUGUUUCUGUGUCUUUUCUAUCAGAAAGAAUAUAAAAUACAUUAAUUCAGUAUUUCUGAAUACAAUAUUUGUGUUCAUAUCUCAUUUGUCAAAUAGGAAAUUUUUUUGUCUUUGGUGUAUUCAACAUUUGAGACUUGACGGGGAUAUGUUAUCAAUUAGUGGAUUUGAAUGUGUGGUGGAGUGUGCAUUUAAGGAAAGGAUCAUGCACCAUCUAACUUCCCUCCAAGAACUACAUAUCUCAUUGUGUUUGUCUGUUGUAUCCUUGGGGGGAAAUUGUUUACCCAAAUCUUUGCAAAAGCUCACAAUGUAUAGGUGCAGGCAAAUUGAAUUACUCCAGCAACAACACAAGUAUGAUUUGGUAGAUCUACAAAUAGAAUACAGUUGUGAUUCACUGACCUCAUUGUCGUUGGAUGCCUUUCCCAAUCUCAAGAAUCUGGAGAUAAGAGAGUGUAAGAAUCUGGAAUCAGUUUCAAUGUCAGUGCCACCACACGCUGCUCUUCAAUAUCUCAGCGUCACAAAUUGCGACAAGUGGGAGGCAUUGCCACGUGGCAUCCCAAAUUUAGAGUAUCUUGACAUACGAGGUUGCCCAAACAUUUGUAGGUUGCCAGAGGGAGGUUUGCCACCUAACCUGAAAGCGCUUAGGAUAGGAUUUUGCGAGCAACAACUGAGGGAUCUAUCAUGGUUGGGCAACUUGGACAACAUCACUUAUCUCACCAUCUCAGGCAACGGCUAUAAGAAGGGCAUACUAGAGUCAUUGAAGGUCGCUGCCUCGCCUUCCCUCCCUUACCUUUCUUCAGAUAAGCUGGUUUGAUAAUCUGCACACAUUGGAGUGCAGCGAGCUUCUCCACCUCACCUCCCUCCAACAACUACACAUUGAGUACUGUUUGAACCUGAAGAUUAUGGAAGGAGAGCUGCCUCCUUCUCUCUUACUACUUCGAAUUCAUGCCUGUAAUUUGUUGGGCGAACACUGCAAGAACAAGCAUCAACAAAUUUGGUCCAAAAUUUCCCACAUCCCCACCAUUCAAGUCGAUGGCAAGCAAAUUUUCUGAGCAGGUAGCUUGUGCACAUAUCGAGAUGUAAUCCUAUACAUUGCCUAUACAUCUUCAUCUAAUUCUAAGUUCAUUUGAGGUGGUAAUUAAGCUGGAUUCAUGUAUUGGGAAACAGAAACUCUGUGUUUUAUGAUUUUGGCUCAAGUUAUUGAAAAGCAAAGACAUGAUGGAGAUAGUUGGUGGCACUCAUUAUUGAAAAGCUUUGGUUGUUGUUGAUUUCCCAAGGUGACCAAGUUAUGUAGCUAAUGCAGUCAAGAUUCAAAGAGUAUGCUUUCCAUAUUUGAAUAUGACAAUCAUGUACCUGAAGUAGUCAAAGAAGUUGUAGUGAUGCCAUCAGCAACAAUUUUGUUCCUAUCAACUUUACUCAAUGGUGUGUGCAGUUUGUACAUAUAUCAAACCAGUUGUGGUUCUGUAAUUUUUUCAUGUUUUUGGUUCACAUUUAUAUGCUUUGGCGCUUGAUUGUUUUUUACUUAAUGUAAGCAUUUGAUUUGUGCACUUAUUUGAGAUUCUCUUGUAUCCUUACUCUAAUUAUAGUGGUACUGUUUUAUUUGAUUUGUUUCUAUUUUUA